CCAGGGUCAUGACGAGUUCGAAAAACACACAACCAUGUCGGUUCUGGCAAGGCAAAUUGCGCCGAGUGCGCGUCUCUUGACUCCUGUGACAACUGCGCCUGCUUGUCUGCUUCCGAGGCACUUUUCCGUCCUCAAUCGCCCACAGCCCAAUUAUCCAGGUCAUAUCCCGCUCACGUUUAUCGAGCGCGGCGCCCUAGCUGUGGGAUCAGCUGUAGGGUCUCUUAUAAAUCCCCGCCGAGGAGAUCUGAUUGCUACCCUGGGCGAGGCAACGGCCACCCCGUAUUUCAUAUAUCGACUCCGCGAUGCAAUGCUCUCGGAUGCCACCGGCCGCCGUAUUUUACGCGAUCGUCCCCGUAUUACCUCCAGCACUAUGCCUUUACCAUAUCUCCGAUCCUUGCCUGAGAACUCCGUCGGCCGUACAUAUGCAGCUUGGCUAGACCGGGAAGGCGUAUCGCCAGAUACUCGCAGUCAGGUUCAAUACAUUGACAAUGAGGAGUGUGCAUAUGUCAUGCAGCGAUACCGGGAAUGCCACGACUUCUAUCACGCCGUGACGGGUCUGCCGAUCUUUGUGGAGGGCGAGCUCGCGCUCAAGGCCUUUGAGUUCCUGAACACACUGAUUCCCAUGACAGGGCUGAGUCUCUUUGCCAUGGUGCGGCUGAAGCCAGCGGAACGGGAGAGAUUUUUCUCCCUGCAUCUCCCUUGGGCAGUCCGGAGCGGUCUUGCAAGCAAAGAGCUCAUCAACGUUUACUGGGAGGAAGUACUUGAAAAGAAUGUGGACGAACUACGUCGCGAACUCAACAUUGAGGCACCGCCGGAUCUGAGAGAAAUCCGUCGAAUGAUUAGAAGACAGCAGAAGGAGGAGAAGCAAAGAAUGGGGCAACAGACAGCGUAA